UAUGGAGGGAUCCUGCGCGGGUUUCCGUAAGGUGAGACAGCGUGGCCUUUUCCUGGCUGAUGCUAGUGGCCAGGAGCUGGUCAGCAGGCUGCUGCACCUGUACUUCAGGGACGGCAAGACCAAAGUCAGCGGGGAUGCACUGCAGCUUAUGGGGGAGCUUCUGAGGAUCUUUGUCGUGGAGGCAGCUGUCCGAGGGGCCCGCCAGGCCCAGGCAGAGGACGUGGCGCUUGUGGAUGUGGACCAGCUGGAAAAGGUGCUUCCUCAGCUGCUCCUGGACUUCUAGGGCUACUCAUCCUCCUGAGGCCACCCCCAGGAAGCCAGUGCCCUUGCAAAGCUGGCCUGUGUCUUUUGUGGCACUAAGAGGUCUGCAGUGGAGUGACAAGUGUUAACACCUGGUUCCCAAGAGCCUCCUCCAGUGUUUGAAGAAGACGAAGGACCUAGCACUUGUUGCUCUCCCCCGUAUCCUGUCCCUAUGGCUCCCAGCCCAGUGAGACAGCCUCUGGGUCAGAGAGGCAGGUACAGGGAACAGGUGGACUGGCCUGCCUCCCUGUCCCAGCCAUGCCAGCACCUGGGGUGUGGUGGCCACCCCAGCAUCAAAGCCCACCUGCAGCCUGUUAACCACAUGGCCCUCCCCUGGAGGGUGCCUCCCAGGCUAUCAAUUUGUUCUUACAGAGCCACACUAAUAAAUCAACAUCUCUUCUCCCGG